UUCCAGACCAGCUCUUGUUAGACUUUCGUUACCAGUCGCCUCUCGACUCGACUCGACUGCCUCACGCUACACGACUCCGUUCGAUCCUCUCGUCGCAUCAUCUCGAUAUCCUUCGCAUCUUCAGCGAGCAUUCCACCGCCCAUUCUCAUCGCCGGUCGAUCAUAGCCUUCACGACUCCCAGCACUCACCACACGAGCCUCAUCUCAUUUUCUUAUCACCACACGCAUCUUAACGCAAUGGCCGCUUCCAACGUCACCUUCGGCUCCCUUUCCGUCGCUCUCGCACAGGCUAUCACGUACAUCACGCGCCCCCUCAUCGCACAGUACUCGGCUGUCUCCGUCAUCAAGCUCCAGCUCGCGCUCGAGGCGAACCUCACUUCGCAGUUCUCCUCCUCUUGGGUCCCCUCCGAGCCCCUCCGCGGCUCCGGGCGUCGCUGCCUCACCCUCUCCCCCUUCGGUGUUCCCCCUCGCGCCAUCUACACCGCGUGCAAGUCCGCGGGCGUUGAGUGGUCGCAAUGGAUCGCUCUCCUUGGCAACUUCGAGUUCGACCUCUUCAUCGACCCCGGCUGCGUCUCAGUCCGCUUCGGCAACUGGGAUGCUGGCAAGGUUGGCAAGUUCUUCACCAUCUGGUCCGAGGACGCCGGCAAGGUUGGGCAGAAGAAGACUGUCGCUGAGAAGGAGGCUCGCCUCGACGCAGAGCUUAAGGCGCAAGCCGCGGCUCGUGCAGCAUCCGCAAAGCCCAUGAAGACCUACGCCCAGCAGCUCCUCGAGGUCGAGGAGGACGACGAAGAGCUCUUCGCCCUCAUCGCCGACGAGAUCCGCGAGCCCACCUGGCUCACGCCCAUCCUGAGCGAGUUCCCUCGCGUGCCCGAGCGUUCCGGCUCCCCCAUGUCUACCAUCUCCACCCUCUCUUCGCAUUCGCGCUCCAGUUCGAGCUCCGGCUUCACCUUCUCUUCGGUCGAGACCAGCUCCACGGUCGGCUCCGCUUCGCAGUCCCCUUCGGACGAGAAGCCCCAGUUCAAGCUCUCUCGUCGCGAGCGCGCCCGCCAGGCGCGCGUCUUCGUCGACGCCUCCAAGAACGAGGUCACGAACUACGACGGCGGCAAGACCACCGUCCUCACCGGCGGUGUCAUGCUUGGCGGCGGCGCCAAGCCCAAGCCCACCGUUGCGCCCAAGAAGGCCCCGACGAGCUCCACCUCGAGCUGGCGCUCCCUCCGCGCCUGAGCGCGGCCACUUUCCUUUUCGCCUCCCUUCGCAUCUUUCCUCUGGACGAGUUCCACGACCCCACGUGCACGGUCACGCUCAAAACGCCCUUCACGAAAACGCACGAAAAUCAUCCGCAAGUCUCGCCCCCCUCUGUAUCCUACACCGCGCUCGGCGCACUAUUCUGGCUCCCCGUCCCCGCAUCCCACUGUUUCCAUUGCUGGUCGAAUGUGUAGCAUGAAUCUCCCCCCUGCUGUGUCGAACACUGGACUUCCGGUAUCCCCAUUAGGCCCCAUUCUGUAAUCACUACUUCCCACAUAUCCCCCCUUUUGUUUUUAUAUUGCGUCGGUCUGGAUCCCACUGUAUAUUCGUUAUUAUGUCGCCAUAGCUGUCGUCGCUGUAGUAUAACAAAGCUGGUUUGGAUUACC